CCUUCUCCGGCUUCCUUCCUUCGAAAGCUUUCUGCGUCGCUUCCUCCUCCUUCCUCGUUUAAAAGCCACCCCGUCGCUAGAACUCGGAAGCACUUUGCAGAGAGAGUUGGAGGAAGGAAUUAAGGAGGGGGAGUGAUGUUCUACUCUCACUCUCUCCUGUCCAAGAAGGGGCCUCUCGGCACCAUAUGGAUUGCGGCUCAUUGCUUCAAGAAGCUGAAGAAAUACCAGAUUCACGGCACUGAUAUCUCCUCCUCCGUAGAUAAAAUUAUCCCUGAAAUCCACAUAUCACACAGGGUAUUGGCUCACCUUCUUUUGGGUAUCGUGAGGAUAUUCUCAAAGAAAGUUGAUUAUCUCUACCAUGAUUGUAAUGCGGCUCUGACUUGUAUGAGUAUAUCAUUUAUCCCUCUCCAAGUCACUGUGAAGAAGGGAGCAACUUUCAAACCUCAGCAAUAUUCUGUAAGGGCAAAAAGACAGAAACGAGAUCAUGUAGAUUCAUCAGAGCAACAAACUUAUGAGGAUGUGGUUGAAACCAUUUGUGCUUCACAUCCUCAUGUGACUAUCAAUGUGCCUGAAAGACUGGAGCUUGAUUCAUUUGAUUUAGAGAUCCCGGAUGACAAUGAUUUAGCCGAUAUGCAGCCUCAUCAACAGUCUAAAUCCCAAGCAGACCAUUAUCUGGACGAUCAUUGUGAUCCUUUUUUUCAGAAUGAGUGUAAUCAUGGGGAAUCAAUCAUGCAGGAUGAUAUUGUUUCUUCUUGUUUUACACCUGUCAGUGAUGUUCUUCCACGAGAUAUGAUGGAUAUUGACCUUCAGUUAGUUGAAGAGUACAACUUAAGCAGUGAGCGAUUAGUAGGGGAGGAUAAUCAAAGAGAUAUCAGAUGCCAUCGGCAACUAAAGUUGGAUCAAUUGCCGGAUACCAUCCUACACCCAUUAAAAGAGAAUACCAUAUAUGCUCACAACGUGGAAAAUUUUGAGAAUUCACAAAAACCAGUGGAACCUUUGGUUUUAGACAUGACCCUCCUAUCAAAUGAUGAAGCAUGCCCAUCCUCAAUAAAGGAAAAUGCAAUAGCCACUCAUCCAACCAAAACUCACAAUGGAGAUCCAUUGCAAUGCGAUCUGGAACCUGCAGGCAUUCCUUCGCCUAAAUUUAGUGUGAGAACUCCAGCUAAAAAAGAACAUCGGAUGCUGAGAAAGAGAAAAGUUCUUUUUGAUGAAGCAAUAGUGUUAUCUAACAAGACUUUGCGGACGGGAAUACAUGAUGCUAGCAAUCUAGUCUUAAAAAGGAAAAAAGCACCGCAUACGUUUCUGGAUGCGUGGAAACAUGAUCAAAUUUCUACGUUGCAGCUCGACUUUUCAGCUCCUUUAAUACAUUGUAUGAUGGCUUCAGAACUGAAGACUCUUUUUCAAACCAGUUCCUUUGUUUGUUCUCCAAUGAAUAUUCUUGGUGACCAUGACUUAAAGCCAUUGUCUCCUGAAAACAACAUCAACAAAGCCUCUGAAGUCGAACAGUCUCAACACAAGGUAGUCACUGAAUUGCCAUCUACAGGAAAUUAUACCGAGGAACCUAUAACUGAUAAAAAUGAAAUAGAAAUGCAACACUUAGGCUCCAUUGAAUCGGCAGAUACUGGGUUGGACUUCAUUAGUCAGGAGCUAGAGUCUCAGGAAAAGGAUGCAGUUGUCCAAGAGAAGGGAUGGUCACUAACGACCAGGGCUGUGGCACGUUAUCUCUAUCGCAAACUUUUGGUUUCUAAUGCUGAAGAAAGAAGACGGAGUUUGAGUUUAUACCAAAUCCUCCAGAGAAGAAAAAGAUCCGACUCGGCUAGGUUUUUCUACGAGAUACUGAUUUUAAAGGAACGUCAGGUCAUAGAUGUCAACCAAGACUCUCCAGAUGAGAUAAUUAUAUCCCCAACGCAAAAAUUGGAAGAAGAGUUCAAAAGUUGACUGUAGGAACAUGCUGGAAACUCAGUGCACUAACGGCCUUAGCAGUUGUAAUGUUUAAAUAUCCAAUGCAGAAACAGCUAACUAUUUUUUUUUUUAGGAAAAAUGUAUACAUAGUGCCCACUUUUGUCACUUGAUUAUCUGUUAUAAAGGCCUAGAUUAUACAUACA